UGUGCGGAGCCUACUCAUCAUGUGAUGACUCAAUAACGAGUACACGAAGUAAUGGCACCGUCCGGUCUUCUGACAAAGAAAGGCAGGUCUCCCAUUCCUUUGCGAGGAGUGAAAGUACUAGCAAACGUACGUGGUUACGCUGCGCAAGUCGAGAGCAGUUUCGAGUAUGAGAACGAGGAGACACACCCAAUUGAAGCAAUCUUUACUUUUCCAUUGGACUCUUCUUCUACCGUAGUUGGUUUUGCGGCUACUCUCGACGACCGAAAGAUCAAAGGGAAAGUGAAGGAGAAGCAGGAAGCGAAAGAUACGUAUGAUGACGCAAUUGCAAGCGGUCAGUCUGCCUUUCUGAUGGAAUCCGAGCGUGAAGAUAUCUUCACUGUGAGUGUGGGCAAUUUGCCCGCUCAGAAGAAGGCUGUAGUGACGCUGAAGUUCAUUAUGGAGCUGCAUACCGAACAUGAUGGCUCUGUCAAAUUCAAUUUGCCUUCCGUUCUCACUCCAAGGUACAGCAAGGCCGGAGAAGAAAAUCCAACGAAAGAUGUUACUUAUCUUCCUGCUUCUGAGAUUCCCUACACUUUCAGUUUCAACGCUCGAAUUGAAGCUGACGUGGAUAAAGUAGAAUCGAUCAGCCAUAAGCUGAAAGUCACUACAACUGUUGAUGAUGAAGGGUUCGAAGUGACCGAUGUAACUCUGGCUGAAGAACAUAAGUUUGACAAAGAUCUUGUUCUAACCAUAGCGCCUCGCAAUCUUCACAGGCCACAUGUCAUUGUAGAGGCAGGGAGUGAUCCUGAGGUCGAUCCUCCGUUGCUACAGAACCCAGCCAUCUCUUUGAAUUACUUUCCAGAUUUCAGCUCAGCCGAAUCUGUCAGUGAGCUGGUGUUUGUUAUUGAUAGAAGUGGUAGUAUGUCUGGAUCAUACAUCGCUGCUGCAAAAGAAACACUAAUGCUAUUUCUUAAAAGCAUCCCAGAUGGUUGCUUUUUCAACAUUGUAGGAUUUGGUUCUAGGUAUGAGUUUCUGUUUCCAGACAGUGUUCCAUAUGAUCAGACUCACCUUGAUAAGGCAUCACAGCAUACCCAAAGCAUCUUUGCUAACAUGGGAGGCACAGAAUUACUACGACCUCUCCAGAAAGUAUUUAGCAUGCCUUCAAAGAAUGGCCUUCCUAAGCAGGUGUUUGUUCUUACUGAUGGUGCUGUGUCUAGUACCAGUGCUGUUAUUAGAGAAGUGAAGAAGAAUGUUCAUGUAGCAAGGUGUUUUGCUGUCGGCAUUGGGUCUGGAGCAUCGACUGAAUUAGUGAAGGGUAUUGCUGUUUCUGGUAAUGGAUCUAGUGAAUUUAUUCAGACGGGAGAGAGAAUGCAACCAAAGGUGAUGCGAAUGCUGAAGAGAGCUUUGGCAGCAUCAAUUUCAGAUGUUUGCAUCGCAUGGUCUCUUCCUGAUGAUGCUCAUGUCAUUCAGACACCAACAAAGAUUCCUCCCGUGUUCAGUGGUGAUCGUUUGAUCAUCUAUGGACUUGUAGCCAAUGUGCCAUCAUCUGUGGUGCACAACUGCUCUGCAACGAUGAAAGGUGUUGUCAGUGGCAAUCCGUUUGAGCACAUGUUGUCAUUUUCACUCGAUGCACGAAGCGCUGCACCCAGCAUGGUUGUUCACCAGCUUGCCAUUAGGUCAGUCAUUAGUGAUCUCCAAGAAGACAGCACAGAUGAAGAUACAGAAAAGAAGUUAGGCAGGUUGUCAGUGAAACGUGGUGCAAUGGCACCAGAAUCAAGAGAGAAAUUAGUGGUGCAGCUCAGCACAGCAGCUAGUGUUGUGUGUAAGCAAACAGCAUUUAUUGCUGUAGAUGAUGAAAGCGAAGUGCCUGUGCAGGGCAGCAUGGAAGUGCAUCAUAUUCCUGUGGCUAUUGCAAGUGACUCAGCCCUAUCGUGUAACAGUAUGAACUUUGCAAGUGCGCCUAGGGCAAUGGUUAAGAAGAAGAAAGCUGGAGGUUUCUUUGGAGGUCUAUUUGGAAGCAAGGCUAGAACAGCAAGUAGAGGAGGUGCUGUAUCACACGAUAGGUCUAUGUCAAUGUUACGAAGUGCACGAAGUGCACCACUGCCUCCAGGACAUGCAUUUGGUGCAUUUGGUGGUGGCGGUGCACUGCCACCACCUGCAGGACUGUGUGCUCCACCACCUCCACCACAACAACAGCAGCAAACAGGAUAUUUGCUCAGUCGACGUUUAGCAGCUGAAUGUGAUAGUGAUGAUGAUGAGGAGGAGAAUGCAGUUACUGAACGUUGUUUAACUAGUGACAAUCAGAGUCAUCCUCAGAGCCAUCCUCAGACUCAGUCUCAAGGAGGCUUGCUACCAUCAAUGUUAGUCAUUGUAUCACAGCAAAAGGCAUCAGGAGCUUGGACACUAACUGCUGAGACUGCCCAGCUUAUCAAUAAAUCAAUGAAAGACUUGGAGAAUGUCUCACCGUUUCCUACUCCAAUGUCUGAAAUUCAGUCAUCUGUGUGGGUAACUGCUGUGAUAUUAGUCUGGUUGGAGAUGAAGUUUGAUGCUUAUAGAGAUGAAUGGGAGCUGUUGGGAGAAAAGGCUAGAGGAUGGCUAAAAAAGCAAGCAUUACCACAUGGAAUAACAUUGCAGUCUCUGCUAACUGAUGCCCGUAAAUUGUUUUAAUUCCUUGAAACAUUUUGGAGUGCAUUGUGUCAGUUUGACUUUUGACUUAUGUGCUAAUUGUUUUGCUGUUUUGCUGAGGGAUUUAUUUCCUUACUGGCUUUGUCGAUAUAUAAACUGAGAUUUUGCACACCCUAGCUGAAGGCGUGCAUUCUACAAGAUUGUUUCUACUAUUUUCCGCAAUAGUAAAACAGUCUAGGACUUCGCUUA